AUGAUCCAGACUACAAUCCAGAUGAUCCAGACAACGAUCCAGAUCGGGACAUCCCUGCUACUGAGAACAUGGAGACCUCAGAACCGGGACGUCGCAUAUUCUUAGUAUUCUGGACAUGUCUUGUGCAACUCAUCUCUGUAUGGUGUAGCUGUCCUAUGUGUUACUGUAGAAAGCUUGCCUUGUCUUGUAAAGAAGUCGGUACAUUGUUGCAGUUAACCAUUAAGUGUGACAAAUGCUCCUACGAAGGACUCUGGAACUCCCAGCCAUUCUUUGGGAAGAUAGCAGCUGGCAACAUACUGUUGUCGGCUGGCAUCCUGUUCAGUGGAGCCAGUGCCACCAAAGUCCUCCGUGUACUAUCACACAUGGGUGUUGCCCUAAUGUCGAUCCGGUCCUUCUUCAGACAUCAGAAAAAAAUUCUAUUCAAAGCUGUCCAUCAACUGUGGUCAGAGCAGCAGUUGUGGAAUCUGAGCCACCUGCAGGCCGAGAGAGAGAGCAUCAUCUGCGGUGGCGAUGGACGAGCGGAUACGCCAGGCCAUUCAGCGAAGUACGGCACAUAUACCAUGAUGGAACUGCGGAAGAACAUCGUAAUAGAUGUGCAACUUGUGCAGAGCAAUGAAGUUGAAGGCUCGAACCAUAUGGAGAAGGAGGGUCUGCAACGGUCGCUGAACUUUCUACAGAACACGUGGAACCUUGAUAUUGAGACGGUGAUAACGGAUAGACAUGCUGGGAUAAAGAAGUGGCUUCGGGAACAUCAGCCACAUAUACUUCAUCUCUUCGACAUCUGGCAUGUUGCAAAAAGUAUAAAGAAAAAACUGCUAGCUCUUAGCAAAACAGGAGGCUGCCAGGCAUUGCAAGGAUGGGUUAGCAGUAUUAUCAACCACUUAUACUGGUCUGUGGUGUCCACACCUCCUGGCCUUACACAACUUAUUGAAGACAAGUGGAAGUCAGUGGUAGAACAUAUCCAGAAUCGUCACACGGGGUUCGCUGGCCAGUUUCAAUCAUGUGCACAUCAACCACUGGAGGGGAGAGAGCGACAGAAGGCCUGGUUACCACCGCAUACAAAGGUGUCCACUGAGGUGGAAAAGGUGCUAUGCAGCAAGAGGCUGUUGCCUGACAUCCAAAAACUGUCACCAGAUCAUCAAACAUGCUCAGUGGAGGCUUUUCAUAGCCUUGUCAUCAACUUCGCUCCCAAAAUGCACCACUUUUCAUUUGAGGGCAUGGAGUGCAGAGUGAUGCUGGCAGCUCUGCACUGGAAUGAAAAUGGACAUCGGGCGCAACAUACCACCAAGGAUGGCAGGAAAACGUAUAGUCUACACUACCCCAAACGCAAAAAAGGUGGACAUGUGGUCCGCAAAGUCCUGGAGGAUGCAUCUUUUGGGUAUGUUGCAAGUUUGCUGACUAUUGUCGAGGCUCUGUGUAAGGGCGAAGAAGAUGACGGGGAGAUACCACAACCAGAUCCUGGACGGAUCCCCGAAGCCCUCGCUGCCUCCUAUGAACAUCCAAACAAGGAGGAUGCAGUGAGGGCCCGUGUCACACGCUUUAACGCAGCAUGAGAUGGAGUUGCCAGUAUUUAAAGACAAUAGCUAUUAUAUCAUUAUCAAAAUAUACAAUGGUUGUAACAUGUCGUAUUCGAAAAUAUAUAACGCGUUAUAAGGUUGUCUUAAAGAGCUUUAAUGUAAAGCCUUAUUUAUGUGACAGAUAUAGCAUGUUGGAUAGGGAUAUACCAAUGUUCUAGUCUAUACGUGGUUAGGAUGAAUGCCAUAGUGACAUGUUGGAAGGUUAUACACAAUGGCUCACAAAAGUUUGUAGGGGUAAAUAGUUUUCAAACUGUGCUUAGGUUUUUAUGUAUGAAGAGCUACUAGCAUUCAACUCUGCUGCUACGUUAUCUCUUUCUGCUGGUACUGAGGUUUCUUAUCCAAGCUGUUACAUGCUGGUAUUGAUUUGCAUACAUAUCUGCUUUUAAUUUCCCUUGUCUUGCUGUACCUUUAUGCUAUAAUAUUUCUGUGGUAAGGCGGAUGAAAUUACGUGGAAUUAUCAUUCAGAAAAGUCAUGAACUGCUCUAGUGUAAGCUCUACAUAUGUUCCUAAGCGCAUACAUGUACUAAAAUGAGUCUAAACAUUAUAGUAUGAACAUUUUAAUCCAAAGGUGGGUAUUUGAAACCAGUAUACUCUUCUGAGGGGAAGGUCUCCCUGAUCUUGUUCACUGCACAUGCUGGGAUAACGACUCUAAUCUUUGCUCCCAGCCACCCCCAACACCACCUCACGAACUGGCGGUAGGCAAUGUACCUAUACCUCCUAAAUGAAACAAGUUUGUUCAGCUUGGCAGUGAAUACAAAGAAAAGUCAGGAAAAAGAUUUCACUGUUCAAACUUCAUACUUCAUUCUCACAAUAUUUCAAGUACCAUCCUAUUAUUGGAAACUUCUUAUUUUAUGAUUUGUUGGAGGAUUUGAUGGAUUGCAUGUCAUGAUUUGAUAUUUUGAACAAUUGAUUGGUUGAUUGAUUGAUUUGGAAUUUUGAACAAUUGAUUGGUUGAUUAAUUGA